AGCCCUCGCGUAUCCGCUCGAGUGUUGUUGACGUAUUGUGUGUCACGUGAGAUGUGACACCGCCUCUGGAGGGAGGGGGAGGGUUCCCAUCAUGGCGUCAAUGCAGAAGCGGCUUCAGAAGGAACUGAUGGCUUUGCAGAAUGAACCCCCACCCGGCAUGACUUUGAAUGAGAAAAGCGUUCAGAAUUCUAUCACGCAGUGGAUUGUAGAUAUGGAAGGCGCACCGGGAACCUUAUACGAGGGGGAAAAAUUUCAGCUUUUAUUUAAGUUCAGCAGCCGGUAUCCUUUUGAUUCUCCUCAGGUUAUGUUUACUGGUGACAAUAUCCCUGUCCAUCCUCAUGUUUAUAGCAAUGGUCAUAUCUGUUUAUCUAUAUUAACAGAAGAUUGGUCUCCAGCUCUGUCUGUACAGUCUGUUUGUCUUAGCAUCAUCAGCAUGCUUUCCAGCUGCAAAGAAAAGAGAAGACCUCCAGAUAAUUCAUUUUAUGUAAGAACAUGCAACAAAAAUCCAAAGAAAACAAAAUGGUGGUAUCACGAUGACACGUGUUGAUGCCACGACUACGACCCCUUUAGAAGAAGCUAGUCCUACUGAGUAAACGAGCACUUUGAUCCUUUGAACUUUAACCUAUGACUAAAGGUGACUUAAACAUGAAGACUACUUCCUAUUUACUGCAUUUCUACUAGCGUGCACCGCGGGCGCGUGUUAAUAGCUGCUUCAGCACAUGCAGCCGACAUACCUUAUUAGUCAUACUGGAUUAAUGCAGCUGUCAGGAUGGAAGUCCAUUUUCCUUUUUUUUUCUUUUCUUAUGCUUUCCAAAAUCUCAAAGGUCCUCAUGUAUUGUGCAAUAACAAUGAUAAAUGCAUGACAGGGCCUAAUGGAUAUGUUUACCAAAUGCAUCGGAAUAAGGAAGAAGCCUUCCAGCUCUGAUAUUGGGAUACUAUGCGCCGUGAUCACGACGUUCACAGCAUAGCUCCACAUGCUUGACUGAAGGAUGCAAAACAGGACACUUUGUAUAUUUAUUGACUUGUUGCUUUUUAUGUCUGAUUGUGUAAGGCUGUUUUCUGGUGACGGCAAUGGACAUGUACAAUAUCUCAUGCCAGCAUGGGACUAUAUAUAAGAAGUUGUAAAUAGCUAUUGAUCUAGAAUAGAGCGCAGGCGAAAUACUAGCGUUUAGGUGGGUCUGCCAGGGCUUUAUCAGGAGGGGUGGUGAUUCUAGUCUGCUGCAUUCUCUGUGUAGGUCCAGGAAAACGUGGUAUCCAGCACCACCGUGGACUCUGAUUCCCACGCCUGACCGAGCAUAAUGGGCAUUGUAGUCCACAACAGCUCAAAAUGCUAGCGGUUGCCUGUCCUGUCAUAGUAUCACAUAAUUAUAGUUUUCUUUUCUUAAAUAACUAGUUUCUAGUUUAUUUUUUGCUAGCCUUCAGCAUGAGCCCCACAAGGUCUCUUUCAUUUAUCUUAAAGAAACACAUUUUUUUUUGUCACUGUUAAUUUUUUCAAGUUGCAAGUCAUGUUUCAAAAAUACAAAUCUAUUAUUUAAAACAUCUUGUUUGUUCAUGUUCCUCUAGUAACUGUAGGUCAACAAUGACACGCAUACAUACAGUAUAAGUAAAAUUAUAUUUUCUUAAUACACAGUGCUCUUAUCAAUGGCAGCGUUCCCCGAAAAAGCCCCACAUAUUCAUUGUUGAUUGAAGACUUGUAACAACUGGUUUAUUUUUAAAACACUGAAAUUCAGCUGUCUGAAACUAAAAGCAGUGCUAAUAAAUAUUUCUUUAUUUUUUAUGUUA